AUGCGCUUUCAAGUGGCGAGACCAAAGGCCAUGGAAUUGGCGCGCGCAGACAAGGAAGAGGAGACUACAAAGGCCAGCAAGAAGAAGAGGAAGUUGGAAGACACAGAUAUGGAAGAUGAUGACAACGUCAGGCAUACGCGAUCGCGGCAGACGCGAACUAGGAGCCAGCGCAACGGAGGCAGAGCUGGGUCGCCAAUGGUCGUCGCGGAUAGCGAAGACGACGGCGACGACGAUUUCAUGCCAGACGGCAUGGUCAAGUGUCCGAUGUGCAGCAAGCCAAUGAAGGAAGAGCUGGUCUACAACCAUCUGGACAUAUGCACUGGGCCAGAGAAUUCGCAAGGGCGUAGCACCCGGUCAAGGACUAAGACCGCAUUCCCACCCGCCUUCCAAAUUCGAAAGAAAGACCCCUCGCCCCCACCGACGAGAUUAUCCCAACUCAACUACGCUAUGCUCACGGAGACCAAGUUGCGGAAGAAACUGCAAGACAUCGGCAUACCUACUUGGGGUUCAAAAGAUCUGAUGAGGCGGCGGCAUAUCGAAUGGCUCAAUAUCUACAAUUCGAAUUGCGACGCUGACGAAAGUGUGCGGAAGAGCAAGAGGCAGCUGUUGAGAGAGUUAGACGAGUGGGAGCAGACACUGGGUGGAAGAGCAGGCACCAAAGAGAACAAAAUCAUGAAGAAGGAUUUUGACGGUGACGGGUAUGCGAAGACACACAAAACCGAAUUCGACGACUUAAUAGCACGAGCGCGACAGAAGCGUGCCACACCCAAGACGGAUAGCGAAACACCAACAGAGCGGAAUACGCCCUCGGAUGAGCAACAUACAGAAUCACAGGAUCGCCAAUCAUUGCCAGUCAAUGGUACCGAAACUCCCUCCCACGGCCCAUCGUCGGCGCAAACACCCUCAGAUCUACAUACACAUCCCUCGAACAAUCUCAACCCUCACGAAAUGAACGGCACAGUCGCAAGUAUACACGCGAAAGUUGAGGAGGCCAACAACAUACCCGACAAAGUAUCUGCAUCGACGCCCGAGCAUUCAGUGGAAAGUGCAACACGGCGUGGGUCAGUGGCUAUGGAGGGAAUACAAAACUCUUUAGGAAGUCCCAGUCGCAAGAUGUCUCUGCUUGCACUUCCUGAAGAGCCGGUCAGAGAUGUGGAGGGAGGUACGGCUGCGUAA